AUGGCUGCUCGGCGAACUGUUACUGUUCUGCUUCGAUCUGCGCGAACUUUGCGCGUACGCCCAUUGUCGUAUGCUAUAAUUGCUACUCCUUCAAACACACGUUUCUUCUGCGCCACAGCUGGUGCGGCUGGCAAGCCAUCUGCCAGUGCGGAACGUUUGGAAUUUCAAGCAGAAACAAAAAAUCUACUGGAUAUUGUUGCAAAAUCGCUAUAUUCUGAUCAGGAGGUAUUUAUCCGAGAGCUGGUUUCGAAUGCAAGUGACGCGUUGGAGAAAAGACGAUGCAAGCAUUUGGCGUCCGGUGAGGAUACGAAUAUCCCGUACGAAAUCAAAAUAACAACAGAUGAAAAUGCACGGCUAAUUGUCUUCGAAGACAAUGGAAUUGGAAUGGACCGGCAGGAUUUGGUAAAUUGCCUUGGUACAAUUGCUAAGUCAGGUUCCAAGGAAUUUGUUGCCGAGCAAUCAUCGCAAGGCGUUGCAUCUUCCGCGGAAAGCAUAAUCGGGCAAUUUGGUGUCGGUUUUUACUCGGCAUUCAUGGUAGCAGGUGAGGUUGUUGUGAAAACACGAAAAGAAGGCAGCGACACUGGAUACAUUUGGAGAUGGAACGGGUAA